AUGAAUAGAUCUUCUUCAAAUGACUAACAAAUUAUUUAAUAAAUUCCAGAGGAAGAUGCAAAAUCACCAGCAAACAACAUCUAAAGCCAUACAGAAAACAUUCACCUUCAAAAUGACAGUCCAGUUAUCAAUUAAAAACAUCUAUAAAAUACAUCUUGUCCCAGGACUCCUAUUUAUGAUGCUGCAAUCUUGUAAGAGAGUUACCAAGGGAAUUAAACCAAUCAAAACAGCAUACACAUGGCUGUCUUAGAGGAGCAAUACACACUAGCUAAAAUUAAUAGAAUGUCCAUCCCAGAUACUAAUUCUCAAUGGCGCUAAAAGUCACAAAUCAAGUAGCAGUCCUAGCCAACUAACGACGAAGAUAACACAGCCAAUUAACACCAAAAAAUAUCUUCUUUAAAAACAAUGGAAAUUUUGUAAGCUCAUAAUAAUAUAAAUAACCCUUCGUAAAUUGAAUAUCAAAAUCUGAACGGAGUGCAUGAUCAGAGUUCUAAAAAUUAAUACACGAAUGCGUUAAUUUAGAAUUCACAAACCGUUAUCUGCAAUAAUAAUAAUAAUCACAACAACAAUAAUAACAGUGAUAAAAAGCCAUCAAUUUCAAAUAGCAUUUCAGCAGAAUAUAACCAAAAUUAUCUUAUUAGCAAUUAGACAAACAACAACAUGCAAAGUAAAUAAUGCUGCACUCUUUGGCAAAUUAUCAGAUUAUGUGCUGCCAUAAUAUUUUUAAUACAGAUAAUACUUUAAUGGGUUAACUUUGCUAUAGUUUUAUAGAUUAACCAGUCACUUGCCUGGACUUUGCUCUCUUUUAAUUUGAUUUCAAUAGUUGUGGGACUCGUUUACAUAGUUUAUUAAAUUAAAAAAUACGACUAUUUUUUGGUUCUUUUUCCUCGUAAAAUCGUGGGAGUAAUCUUUGUCAUUUUAAGUUUUUUUAAUUUGGAUUUUGUUUAUGCUUAGGCUUAUUAAGCCUUUUAUGUACAGUCUUCAGAUUUUAUCAAAAUAUUUAAUGAAAACAAUUUACGUAAAAAACGCCUUGCUCUUCUUUUUUAAAGUUUCUCUAGUGUAAUUAUAACUUCUUUAGCUCUCUUUCAAACUGACCAAAGAGAAACUACAGAUUUCGAAUCAACUACUUGGAUCUCAUCCAUAGAUUUGACUUCAGGAUUUUUCUUUGUUUACAUCUUUUUUUAGGUAUUUGACUUAGCCUUUCACAUGACUUUCUUCAGUACCGAUUUAUUCGAUGAUACAAUUUAGUUUCUUUUUAACUUUUUUGACCUCUGCUGUGUCUGUUUCAAAGACGACGAUGACGAAGAUGAUGAUGAUGAAGACGAGGAAGCAUCACAAGUCAAAUAUGAACUUUAAAAAAUUGAUUAGCAAUCAUUACUCUUUCGCUAAAUCCCCUUCACUAUUUGCACAUUCCUCAAAUUUUUGAGAGAUAACAUAUUUUUUUCUCUGUCAUUCUAUCAUCAUUUUCUAGAUCUCUCAAUACGAGCCCUUCUAUUCGGCAUAGCUCACCAAGUUAACUUUUUUGGCAACUACUCUAUCCUGCUCGUAUAUGAACUGGAAGUCUUAUUUGUCGCAGCUGUGAUUGUUUUAGUUAUUAUCAUUGGUAUCAUAAAUUGCUGUUUUGAAGUCUCGAAAACAUAUUUUGAAAAAGUUAUGCUCAUUAUUGUUUCUUGUCUUCAAGGAAUAGUAAUUAAAGUAAGUAGAUGGAAUAUAGCCAGAAUAUUUGAAGGCAUGACUAACAGAUAACUUUUUAUCUUGAAAUUUGUGCCUGGGCUUAUUCGUUUAUGCGAAAUUACAUCAAUAGCAUACAUUUUAUUUAUAAAAAGCGAUUAGUCGUUACAUACUUAUUUAAUUGAAAAUGCUAGCUUUGUUAAAGUUUAUAUUCAUUAUGUAGGAUUCUUAUAUGCAAUUUUCUUAGCUUUUGAGCUCAUUUAUGAUGUAGUAUUGCUCAUAUUUAUCUACCCUAAACAAAAUCUAUCUGAUGAAAAUCAGUCUGAUUCUCCUUGUUCUGAUAAUGAAAUUCAACUUUAAAAUGUAAAAUACCAAAGUUAAAUUCAAGCAAAAUAAGAUGAAGAAUGUAACUAAAAUAAUAUUUACCCUAAUUAAUAAUGUGUACUUUAAAAUUAAUAAAAUGAAGACCAUAACAAUUAGCAAUUUGAUCAUAUUUAAAGAUAGCUUUCUUACAAUAAAUAAAACAAAAUACAAUAAAUAAUAAAUUAAAGAAGAAAAGAAAGCUCCGAAAGUGAUGCAAUCAAAAGCUUUAACGAUGAACCUAACCCAAAAUAAGUUUACUAAACUGUAAAUCACUUAAGUAAAUUUUAAAGUAACGAGUACGAUGCAAAUAACAAAAGUAAUUAAAACAGUUUUAAUAAUCCUAAUCAUCUAAUCUAAAGCAACAAUUCCUUAUCAUAAUAAUCUUCAAUAAGAUUUAUGGAUUCGAUUUGCAAAAUAUAGGAAGCAAGAUCCAUGAAGAAAUUGAAUCAUGAACACUACAACAAUAACAGGAACAAAUCUUAUUUUAAUACUCAUUAAAGACCAAGCAACAACAGUGAUAUCGAAAACAUAUCCAAUUGCAUCAAUUAAGAUUCGGAAAUAGCUCAAUUAAAGAGACAACAAUCCGAAAAAUAAAAUUUUAUCAAUGAAUCUAACAACUUACCUCAUUAAAUUCAGCAAUUAGUAUUUUCAUAGAAUUCUUUAAUUAAUUAAGUCUAAGAAGUAACUGAAAACUAAAAAAAUGAUACAGUGCCCAAAGGUUCAUAAGACUGUCUCAAUUUUAUAAAAGAAAGUGCUAAUGGAAGCUUGUAAAAUCUUAGUUAAAGACAUAGAAACAAUAUUAUUGCUUAAAGAAUGAUGUAAAGCGAAAAAAAAAUGUAAGAGGAUGGUGUUGGAGAUAGCUUUGCUUCAAGCAAAUUUGUCAAAAUCUAAGUUUAAACAACAAUUAAAGCCUAAAUAAAUAAAACAAGAACAGCCGUAGAUUUAACUAGAGGUUCAAAGGAAAAUAUAACACCUCUAAAAUCUCCAGAUAAGCUAGAAGCACUCAGUUUUAAUGGAAGUCCCACGAAAUUGACAAGUAUUCCUACAAGAAAAGUUACAGAUGUCAUUAAUAAAUACUCAAAUAAAACCCAACAAAGAAGAAAAAGAAGCUCAAAUAACAAUAACAACGGUUCUUCCUCAGUAUAAGCCUAAGAUAAAAGCGUAACCCUCAAGGGAAAGCGUAAAAGUAAUAUUAUACCUAGACCUACAAUAAACCAACUUGUAGAUAUGAUAAAUAGCAACAAUGCAACAAACAAUAAUAAUAAUAUCAACAAUAUUUGA